UCCGCGCGGCUCCGGUGCCGGCUGCGCCUCGCCUUGCCCAGCGAGCGAGCGAGGGGCCGCCGCGGUGCGCUCAGCCGGGCCGCUCCUGCCACGGCCGCCGCCGCGGCGCCUGGCCCUGCCCAGACCGGCCGGAUCGCAGCGGCUGCAGCGCAUGUUUCGGCUCAGAGGAAGUUGACCGAGAGGCUGCCGUAGGAACCCCGGGUCCGGAUCGCACGAAGCUCGGCGGAGCCGCCUCCUGCGUGCUCUACUUUCCAUCUUGGCUAUUGUUACGGAUUGUUUUUCUGCCGGCGGUCCUUCCUCCGAAACUUAUAAAGAAAGUGUUGGAUUCCCCCUUGUUUGAACUGAGGAAUUGCAGACCACCUCUGGGGAGCCGGAUCUGACCCACCCCCUGUCCCCUUCUGGUACCAAAGUGCUUACUCCACUCCAAAGUGCCAUGUCAGAACUGCUAACGGGAAGAAGGGACUCCUGAGACGUGCCCACACCUUUGCACCUGCCUUGCGGCUUCCCCUUUCUUGGCCAUCUUCCCCGGCCGAAGCAGCACCGAGGAAGCCUCCUUCGCUGUCCUCCGUGGAAUUGGUUAUCCGAGGCCGGAUUUGGGGGAGGAAUAUUAGACUUCGAGGAGUCUGCGCGCUCUUCUCCUCCCGCGCCUCUCGGUCGCCGCUAGUUCACUGCUGGGUCCCUGAGCUCGCUCCCUCACCCCACCCACUUCCUGUGCUCGCCCGGGGGGUGUGUGCCGCGCCGCUGCUGGAGUUCUGGGAAGUUGUGGCUGUCGAGGAUGGGGGUCUGUGGGUACCUGUUCCUGCCCUGGAAGUGCCUCGUGGUCGUGUCUCUCAGGCUGCUGUUCCUUGUACCCACAGGAGUGCCCGUGCGCAGCGGAGAUGCCACCUUCCCCAAAGCCAUGGACAACGUGACGGUCCGGCAGGGGGAGAGCGCCACCCUCAGGUGCACAAUUGACAACCGGGUCACCCGGGUGGCCUGGCUAAACCGCAGCACCAUCCUCUACGCUGGGAAUGACAAGUGGUGCUUGGACCCACGCGUGGUCCUCCUGAGCAACACCCAAACCCAGUACAGCAUCGAGAUCCAGAACGUGGAUGUGUAUGACGAGGGCCCGUAUACCUGCUCUGUGCAGACGGACAACCACCCAAAGACCUCGAGGGUCCACCUCAUUGUGCAAGUAUCUCCCAAAAUUGUGGAGAUUUCUUCAGAUAUCUCCAUUAAUGAAGGGAACAAUAUCAGCCUCACCUGCAUAGCAACGGGUAGACCAGAGCCUACGGUUACCUGGAGACACAUCUCCCCAAAAGCCGUGGGCUUUGUGAGUGAAGAUGAAUACCUGGAAAUCCAGGGCAUCACGCGGGAGCAGUCGGGGGACUAUGAGUGCAGUGCCUCCAAUGAUGUGGCUGCACCAGUGGUCCGAAGAGUAAAGGUCACCGUGAACUACCCGCCGUACAUUUCAGAAGCUAAGGGGACAGGCGUCCCCGUGGGACAGAAGGGAACAUUGCAGUGUGAGGCCUCAGCUGUUCCCUCCGCAGAAUUCCAGUGGUACAAGGAUGACAAAAGACUGGUUGAAGGAAAGAAGGGGGUCAAAGUGGAAAACAGACCUUUUCUCUCAAAACUCAUCUUCUUCAAUGUCUCGGAGCACGACUAUGGGAACUACACCUGUGUGGCCUCCAAUAAGUUGGGCCACACCAAUGCCAGUAUCAUGCUAUUUGAACUAAAUGAGCCUACAAGCUCAACUUUGUUGCAAGGCCCCGGCGCAGUCAGCGAAGUGAACAACGGGACGUCGAGGAGGGCAGGCUGCAUCUGGCUGCUACUUCUUCUGGUCUUGCACCUACUCCUCAUGUUUUGAUGUGAGUGCCACUUGCCUCACUGGGGAGAAGCUGCCGCCACGGCAACCACCUGCCCCACAGCAACGGCAUCUCCCACAGCAACAAGAGCACCCCCGUUUCUUAUGAGCUAGAAUCAAAUGAAAUUCCGGGACACAGAGCCUAAUGGGACACAAAUUCGAGGGAGGGGAACAAAGAAUACUUUGGGAAAACACGUUUAAAAGGGAAAUUGAAAACCGCCUUGCAGGCCUUGCGGAUCCGUAGGCACAGCUGAGUUUUCUUUCUUUGCCCAAACGGAAAGAACGCGCGCCCGGCUUUGGACCCACCCGCAGCUGCAUUGUGACCUGUUUGUGACCAGGGUGGGCCAGGCGCAGCCACUCCGCCCACUAACAUGCCCCCAGCGAGGAAAAUUCUGGAGUCGGCCAUCCCAAAUUCAAUAGAGACGAACACAGAGCGAGUCGUGCAGGCCCAGUUGUGCCACCGUGGCCCCUUUCAGAGACUGUGCCACUGUUGUGUGUGCUACAAAACGCAAAAUUAAAGAAAAAUAAAGAAAGAAAGAAAACGGACACUAAACAAGACAGCCUGACAGCUACAAUAAUCCCACAAUCAACAGUCACAAAAGAUACUGUUAAACUUUUUCUUUUUUUGGUUUUCGUUUCACUACAUGGACAUCAUGGAUAAUAAGGGAUUCUGGUUCAUUAUUAAUUUUAUUAAUUAUA